GGGACUGCAGCGCACGUGAUUGGAUCCGAGGUCCUUCUGUCUUCCCAGGAGUUCUGUCUGUACUGGCUCUUUUCCGUCCCGUCCUGUGGGUCACUCCAUCCUCGGUCCCCCAGCCUGUCGCCUAGCCCCUCCCAAACUCUGAACCUCGUCGUCUGCAGAAGGAAAUGGUCACAGCCAUGAAUGCCUCAAUCGAAAUAGGGCAUCUGGUCCAGCCAUAUAGCUUCGAGAUGUUCCAGGACUUAAGGCCCUUUUUGGAGGAGUACUGGGUAACCUCAUUCCUCAUAGUUCUGAUCUACUUGCUGCUCAUCAUUGUGGGGCAGAACUACAUGAAAGCACGGAAAGGCUUCAACCUACAGAGGCCUCUCACCCUCUGGUCCUUCGGCCUUGCAGUUUUCAGUAUCCUGGGGACAGUGAGGAUGUGGAGCUAUAUGGGAACCUUGCUACUAAGGGGGGGCCUGAAGCCAACUGUGUGCUUCACCACCUAUGUCGAUGAUGCCAUAGUUAAAUUCUGGUCCUGUGUCUUUCUUCUCAGCAAGAUCAUUGAACUCGGAGACACGGUCUUCAUCAUCCUGCGUAAGCGGCCACUCAUCUUUGUGCACUGGUAUCACCACAGCACAGUGCUAGUGUUCACAAGCUUUGGAUACAAGAACAAAGUGGCUUCAGGCGGCUGGUUCAUGACCAUGAACUUUGGUGUGCAUUCCAUCAUGUACACCUACUACGCUCUGAAGGCUGCCAAAGUGAGGUGCCCCAGCAUGCUCCCCAUGCUCAUCACCAGUCUGCAGAUCCUGCAGAUGGUUAUGGGAACCAUCUUUGGCAUCCUCAGUUACAUCUGGAGGCAGGAAAAAGGAUGUCACACCACAAUGGAACAGUUCUUCUGGUCAUUUGUCUUGUAUGCAUCCUAUUUCAUCCUUUUUGCCCACUUCUUUCGCCAAACCUACAUCAGGCCUAAGGUCAAAGCCAAGACCAAAAGCCAGUGAAGGGUUGGAGAGAAAGAAAGAGCCUUAGGCUCUCUCUUCCCCAAAUCACUAAGGGACUACGCUUAGGUUUGGGAGAAUGAUUAGGGUCCCUUCCCUGUAUGGUUUCCCCCAUGGGAAUGUGGCAGGA